ACGCGGGCACGGCUAACGGCUCGCGGCUGUGCGUACGAGUCGACCGAUAAAACGUCCGUGCGUGCGCUCAAAGUUUGGUUUUUCUUCCCUCCUACGCUCUUCACCUUAUAACCGGUCUAUCCGUCCGGCUUACGUUGAUGUAACUGACGAGCGUAAGUGUGCAGGCAGAAGCUGAGACUGUCUAAAUUAUGUUCCGCGCAUUGGUAACCGAUAGUGUACUUUCUGGGUGAAACGAGAAACUCUGAUGCUGCUAGUAUUGCAAGCAUCGUUUGGUGGAACGGAGAAUCACAGCAGCAUACAGGGCUGACAUUCAAGCUGCUACCUUUCGGUAGACUUGAGUAGUGUUAUGCCUCCUCGGCAUCGAGUUCCUUGGCCCAAUCUUGGCAAGCGAUUAUUCAACUACUAUGCGUUGUUCAGGGUAUAUCCUUGUCAACUAAGUUGUUGAUGAAGCCUCAUCAAGCUUAUAAUCAACAUACAGCAGUUACCUGCUAUCUAGCAUUUAUGUACAAUAUAUGUCAGAAAGAACUGAAGUCAAGAUGCAGCAGGUGGACUCAAUCUCGCAAAAUAACUCGUUAGAUGUGGACGAGCGAGAAAGGCUGUGUAAUAUACCGAAGACGAGCGCCCCUGGCAAGGCAUCGACUACGCCAACUGCUCCUGCUAAGGAACCACCUCCACGAGAAGAACCGCCCGUGGAUCCGGUGAAUGGCGUAGUUCAGCCUCCGGUCGUUCCACCGCCCAACCGACCAGGAAGGGUCACUAAUCAGCUGCAAUUUUUGCAAAAAGGUGUUCUCAAGCCAGUAUGGAAGCAUCAAUUUGCGUGGCCUUUCCAACAACCCGUAGACGCAAAAAAACUCAAUUUACCAGAUUACCACAAAAUCAUCAAACAACCAAUGGAUCUGGGAACGAUAAAAAAGCGUCUAGAGAAUACGUAUUAUUGGAGUGGCAAAGAAUGUGUUCAAGACUUCAAUACGAUGUUCACGAAUUGCUACGUCUACAACAAACCUGGCGAAGAUGUUGUGGUUAUGGCACAAACGCUCGAAAAAUUAUUCCUCACAAAGGUUGCACAAAUGCCAAAGGAAGAGUUAGAACUGGAUCCGCCUGUAGCGAAAGGUCCGAAAGGCAAGAAGCCCGCGGUCGGUCGAGUAGCUGGGGCACCAGUUCCUGGCACUCCCGGUGCCACCGGAACUCCAGGUCGAGGUAGGCCCUCCUCAGGGGCGGCGACUGUGUCCUCGAGCGUGCCGAAUAGCAUGACGGUACCCACGACAGUAACGACCGGCAGCACGGGGCCGAUACCGCCGAUGCCACCACUCGGCACCCAGGCGCCGGCCUCCGUACCCGGUAGUACCAACACGACCACGAUAGCGCCUCCGACGGCCGCAAGCCUUGCGGGGGUUGCGUCAAUGGCCACUCACAAUUCCCUGCCGCCUCAGGUCGUUCCGCCGACGACGGGCUAUCACGCCCAGCCGGCAUUGGACGCCCAGACAACUGCGGCUGUUCCAGCACCGCCCCAGGUACCGACGGCAGCAACAGUCAUGCCUCCCUCGCAACCAGCCAAACUUAAGAAGGGGGUGAAGAGAAAGGCCGAUACGACUACCCCUACAGCAAAUUCCUUUGAUCCCAUAUAUCCACCACUAGAUUCAAAAAACGCCAAGAUUCCCACAAGGCGAGAGUCCGGUAGACAAAUUAAAAAGCCAACGAGGCAAGCAGAAGACGGCCUGGUGCCGUUUCAUCAGGCUAACAUGCCCCUGAUGGGGGCUAUGGCCCAACAGCCUCAACACACAAGCAACAAAUUAAAAGACAAACUCUCUGAUGCUUUAAAAUCUUGCAAUGAAAUAUUGAAAGAAUUGUUCUCCAAGAAACAUUCGAGUUAUGCGUGGCCUUUUUAUAAACCUGUUGAUGCAGAACUUUUAGGCCUUCAUGACUACCAUGACAUCAUCAAAAAACCUAUGGAUCUUGGUACAGUUAAGUUAAAAAUGGACAAAAGGGAGUACAAUACGGCUUUAGAAUUUGCCGCAGAUGUAAGACUUAUAUUUACCAAUUGCUAUAAGUAUAAUCCUCCAGAUCACGAUGUUGUUGCUAUGGCAAAAAAAUUGCAGGAUGUUUUUGAAAUGAGGUAUGCUAAGAUUCCAGAUGAACCACUAGGUGGUUUAGUUGGUAUAAAAGGCUCGGAUAGUAGUGGCAGCAGUUCUGUUUCGGAGGAAUCUUCCGAUUCUGAUGAUUCCGAGGAAGAAAGAACGCAAAAAUUAGUUGCCUUACAACAAGAGCUGAAAGCCAUGCAGGAGCAAAUGCGCAAACUCGUUGAGCAAAGUGGUAAAAAAAAGAGUAAGAAGAAGAAGCCUGAUAAGCCGAAUAAGUCCAAGCCUCUCAAUAGCAAGGAUCUCAUGGCGGGCGGACAUAGUGGUGCCAUGAAAGAAUUAAUGAAGCCAGGAGGCGGUUUGCGAAGUGUUUCAGAUAGUGUUGGUGCUAGUUUAGCCAAUGUUUCGUUGGGCGCAGGACAUCAUUUGGCUCCAAGUUCUGCUGCGGCUGCGGCAGCCGCUGCGGCAGCGGCAGCGGCGGCGGCUGCAGUGGCAGUCAAUGCCAAGGGUCAAAAGGGCAAAGGUAGAGGGCCAGGUAAAGCCACGGCUGCGAACGCGGCAAACAAGAGGCCCAAGACUAAUAGUCGAUCGGCCGGAAAUAAAAAGAAAAAUGCGGCAAAUCAGCCGCCUCCUAUCGCCUUCGACUCAGAAGACGAAGACAAUGCGAAGCCGAUGUCAUAUGACGAAAAAAGGCAGCUCAGUUUGGAUAUUAAUAGGUUACCUGGUGACAAAUUGGGUCGUGUAGUACAUAUAAUACAGUCACGUGAGCCUUCGUUAAGGGACUCGAAUCCUGAUGAAAUAGAAAUUGACUUCGAAACUUUGAAACCAUCGACGCUCAGAGAGUUGGAGAGUUACGUCGCAUCUUGCCUCAGAAAAAUGUCACAUAAAAAGGUCAGUGGUAAGUCCAAGGAUGAACAGAUAGCUGAGAAGAAACAAGAAUUAGAAAAGAGGUUACAAGAUGUCACAGGGCAGCUGGGAAAUGUAAAAAAGCCUAUGAAAAAAGAAGACAGUAGUAAGUCGGUUGAUGUGGUUGGAACUGGUGGAGCCAGUGGACCAUCGAGAUUGUCAGCAUCAAGUAGUAGUAGCAGUGAUAGUGAUUCCAGCAGCAGUUCGCUCUCCUCGAGUUCCACUGAUUCGAGCGACAGUGAAGCAGGAAACGCGGGUAAUCGGCCGCCUAGAAAAAAGGCGAAGAAGACAACGACGAGCACCGCUACAUCCGCGGCUGCUACGACGGCCACAACGACAUCAGCUAGUACAGUUCCAACGGCUUCAAACAUAAAUCAUACCGGAGGUCUAUUAAUGAAUAAUCAAACGGCAGCGAAUUCCACGGGACCAGUAACGAAGCCAGCAGUCACUCAACCUAGCAAUAAUCCCACUGAACAAGCGCUGGGCGCGAGCAACUCGAGCCAACCGAUCGCCGUGGCGGCGGUUACGGCCAGUCAACCUGUGGCGGCAGCCUCGGCGCCGGUGCCCCCGGUGGCGAGUCACGCCUCCAUGCCAGCCCAGCCCUCACGGCCCACCUCCCUGGCGACGGCGGCCCCCCUCAAAAAGGCACCGGUCGUCGCGCCGGUUCAGACGACCCAGCCACAGCCACAACCACAACCGCAGCAGCCAAUCGCCUCGAGCCAGCCAAUAGCGACGACAACUGCAGCCGCGGUCACGAUCACACCCUCGAUAUCCAGUGUACCCUCGGCUCCCCAGCAGCAACAGCAGCAACAACAGCAGCAGCAACAACAACAGCAACAACAGCAGCAGCAACAACAACAACAACAACAACAACAACAACAACCUCCUCCGGCUGUUACGUCGCCGAUCGUGCCUCAGCAGACGGUCACCGCCGCGCCGCCCGUCGUUAGUUCCUUUCCGAGCGUUGCGACGUCGCACACGCAGCACGAUGUCGUCUCCGGCGUUGUCAGUCAGCAGUCGGAUUUACUACAGUCGUACAGUGCUCUAGUGUCCGCCCCAACGACGACGCACACGGGCCUUGAUCAGACACUAGCCUCGAAUAUAUCGAUCGUUUCCUCGAAAAAAGAUCAUCAACAGCAACAGCAACAGCAACAACACAUCCCGAUGAUUCAGACGUCGCUGACGCACCAGACGAGCAACAAUAGUAGUGCUAACAGUGCGAGCAUAAAUCUGCUGCCACCGGACGUUAAGAGCGCCGUUAAUAUGAUGUCGGCGAUACCGGCCAACCUCAACCUCGGCAAUCUCAACCUCGGUAAUCUCAAUAUGAAUCUGCAGCAGGGACUCUCGCAUAUGGCCAUGCAUAAUCAGCUCGAAAGCAUGAUAAACGUGUCAUCGCCAAUCGGCAUCCAGAACAGUCACAUGACGACGACGAUGGGCGCCGCCACCGCGUCCACUGGCGCUCAUCAUCAUCCGCAACAGCAACAACAGCAGCAGCAGCAACAACAACAGCAGCAGCAGCAGCAGCAGCAGCAGCAGCAGCAGCAUUCGAACGGCUUCUCAAACAUGAAGAGACAGGACAGCUCGCCGCCAAAUAUGCUCAAUAACAAUGGCAUACCUGGCCUCGGCAUGAAUCUCAACAUGGCAAGCAUAGGUUCGAUCUUCGAUCCGCACUCGCUGGUCAUGCCCAUGCAGAUACCGCAGCUGCAGAUAAAGAAGGACGAGAAAGCGGCAGCUAUGGCCAUGGCUGCGGCUCAACAGCAGAUCCCACAGAAGAUGGAUGCCGGAGCUUUUUUUGCAGAAAUGACUGCUUUAGGAAUACCACAAAUGACCAAUCAUUCGACCUCACAAUUAUUGCCGGAAAAGAAGCAAAUGACCCCACCUGAUUCGAAAAAUCCUGCAGCUAACUUUGCGUCAGCCUUCAAGAAUAAGACCGUGGAGCAGAAUGUGAAAAAUGCAUCAUCUUGGUCGUCGUUAGCCCAGGCCUCGAGUCCACAAUCGGCCGCUGGUACGAGCACAAAGAGCGCGACCCGCGACACGUUCCAAGCCUUUAAAAAGCAAGCGAAGGAGAAGCAAGACAGACAACGCGCGCUACUGGAGCAGCAGGAGAUGCGCCGCCAGCAGAAGGAGCAGGCGGAACGCGAACGCCUGCGUCAGGAGAGCGAGCGACGACGCGAAAAGGAGGAGGAGGAGGCCCUGGACAAGGUGCGGAAAUCGGUCGCGGAGCCGGCACCGACAACGACGGCCACGAGCCUCGCCCCGGCCACGAGAGUCGAGGCCGUGAAAGCCGCCGAGGCCGCGGAGACCGACAGUAGCAGCCCGAGCCACUCGGCCGGCCAGGAGAAGGCGGCCGCCGAGCGAGAGCGUCAGAGGCUACGGGAGCAGGAGCGACGUCGACGCGAGGCGAUGGCCGGCCAGAUCGACAUGAACAUGCAAAGCGAUUUGAUGGCUGCCUUUGAGGAAUCGCUGUAAUGUUACAUUACGCCGCUCAUUUGUUGCUAAAUAAAAAUAGUGCGAUUGGAUAAUAGUGCUGAUUGUCGAGUGAAAGCCGAGAGAAGGAGAGUCGACAAUGAGACAGAGAGAGACA